AUGCCCGCCAUCGAAGCCCCCAAGUCCUCCGGGCAGCUCCCCGCCCCUGACAAGGCGACGCCCACCUUCUCCGCCGACGACGUGGCCGUGGUCUUUGUUCUCGGCGGGCCCGGCGCCGGCAAGGGCACCCAGUGCGCCAAGCUGGUGUCCGACUACGGCUUCACCCACCUGUCGGCCGGCGACCUGCUGCGCGCGGAGCAGGACCGGCCCGGCUCGCAGUUCGGCCAGCUGAUCAAGGACUACAUCCGCGAGGGCAAGAUCGUGCCGAUGGAGGUGACGGUGCAGCUGCUGGAGAACGCCAUGACGGAGGUGAUCCAGAAGCAGCCCAAGGGCGGCGCCGGCGGCAAGAAGUCCAAGUUCCUGAUCGACGGCUUCCCGCGCAAGAUGGACCAGGCGCUCAAGUUCGAGCAGGCCGUGUGCCCGGCGCAGUUUGUGCUCUUCUACGACUGCCCGGAGGCGGAGAUGGAGAAGCGCCUGCUCGAGCGCGGCAAGACGAGCGGCCGCGCCGACGACAACGCCGAGAGCAUCCGCAAGCGCUUCCGCACCUUCAUCGAGACCAGCAUGCCCGUCGUCGACUACUACGAGAAGGAGGGCCGCGUCGUCAAGAUCGACGCCACCCCCAAGCCCGAGGCCGUCUACAAGACCACCCAGGAGAAGCUCAAGGGCAGGCUUGGCCGGGACCUGUAG